AGGGACUGUAUAAGGUGACGUACCAAUACAAUGACUGCUUACGCACAUGUGAGUUUUGACAUAACAUACUUCCGGUUAAAUAAUAACAUUUUGUAAACAGUAUAAUGUUACAUAUUUAAAAAUACAACGCUUUUUACGAUAAACAAUCGUUGAAGAUUUGACAUUUGAAACUGAAACUUGUAAAAUAUGUACCAUUAAUAUAUGACGAUGACCGCUAAGCAGUUACACGUAUUAUGAACUAACAGCAUCAUUUAAGUUAAACACAUUACAUAACUUAAAUCGGUAGUGAUUUCCUUAUGCGGAGGCCGUUUUUGGUCAACUUUCGGGGGCUUACAGAGCGGAAGGCACUCUUAAGUCUUAAAUUCAGCACAUCAUCUGCCAUGGCCAAAAGUAAAUUUGAAUACGUGAGAAACUUUGAGCUCGACGACACAUGUUUGAGAAACUGCUACAUCGUGGUUCGACUAGAUGGACGCAACUUCCACAAGUUCUCUGAGCAGCAUAACUUCGUGAAACCCAAUGAUAACCGAGCUCUGGGUCUGAUGAGCCGCAGUGCCCGUUCGGUCAUGGAAGAGCUGGAGGACAUCACCAUAGCCUAUGGACAGAGCGAUGAGUUCAGCUUUGUGUUCAAAAGAUCAACGGCUUGGUUUAAAAGAAGGGCCAGUAAACUGAUGACCCAUGUGACGUCCCAGUUUUCCACUAGCUUCGUUUACUACUGGAAGGAGUAUUUUGGGGAGCAGGCGCUGCUGUACCCGCCCAGCUUUGAUGGAAGGGUGGUUCUGUAUCCGAGCAAUCGUAACAUAAAAGACUAUCUGAGCUGGAGACAGGCAGACUGUCACAUUAACAAUUUGUACAACACUACGUUUUGGACGCUGGUGCAGAAAGGUGGACUGACCACAACGCAAGCUGAGGAAAGACUCAGUAGAACACAAGCAGCAGAUAAGAACGAGAUCUUGUUUUCUGAGUUCAAUAUCAAUUACAACAAUGAAUCCCCGCUGCACAAAAAAGGCACGACUUUAAUAUGGGAAAAGGUGAACGAAACAACAACUAAACGGAUCAAUCAGCCAGAUGAAGGAGAGACAGAAAUUCAUGUAACACGGACCAGAAAGAAGGUCACAGUUCAUUCCUGUGAUAUGAUUGGAGAUCAGUUCUGGAAAGAGCAUCCAGACAUUCUGGAAAGCGGCGAGUGUUGAUCACGUGCUUAAAAGACUGCACCAGACCUAAUGCAAGUUUAUGUUUCCCUUCGGUGUUUAAUAAAAAUAAAUAAAAAAAACCCUGUUUUAACUGUUUGUGUAGUUUGGAGGAAAAGAUGCCGAAUGAAGGGGGAUGUUGCCUUGUUAUUUUUUCCCUUAAGAUUCCUAGUGGAGAUAAGGAAU